AUGUUCAAAAUAUCGAGAUUAGCUGCAGUAUAUUCUCAGAUUCAACAGUCGCUUAAUACUGCUAAUGGUAUAUCUAGAUACUCUUCAGUAUUAACUUUUCCAGUGCGCAAUCACUUCACUCACAGUGGUGAAGGUGCAGACAUUCCAAUCGAAAAAAAGGCAUUUGGUCAGCCAAAACCACUAACCCAUCCUCACUUGCUAAAAUCUGACGAACUGACCAUUGGUAUUACUGCACAGGAAUAUAAAGACAGACGAACCACCUUGGCAAAUACUAUUGGAGAUGACAGUGCUGCAGUGGUGCCUGGAUACGGUCUUCGAUAUGUAUCAAAUGGGAUUUUUUACCCAUUCCAUCAAUCUACAAACUUUCUUUAUUUAACUGGAUUCAACGAACCUGAUGCUGGAUGUGUUAUUGCUAUUGUGAAUACAUCAAAAAACCACACCUUUACCAUGUUUGUUCAGCCUGCAGAUCGCGAUACAGAGAUAUGGGAUGGACCUCGUGCAGGAAUCCAGGGAUCAACCACUCAUUUUGGAGCAGAUGAUGCCAAAAAAGUUGACACUUUUGAAUCAUAUCUAAUAGCCUUGGAUCAGAGCAAGUGCAUUUCUACCAUUUAUAGCGAUUUGCCUCUAACUGUGAGUAAGCCCGUCUCGUUGAUAGAAGGCACACAUAUCAAAACUUUGUCAGCAUCGGCCACACAUCCAUUGACAAAUAUGAUUGAUAGAAUGAGAUUGAAAAAAAGUUCUGCAGAGAUUGCACUGAUGCGUGAGGCUGGUCGGAUUUCUGGUCGAUCGUUUGUAAAGGCCAUGAAGUUUACAAACCCUGGUGUGACUGAGCAUCAAAUCAUGGCUGUAUUGGAGUUUCAAUCCCGCAUUCAAGGUGCAUCUGGACUUGCAUAUGUGCCAGUUGUUGCCGGUGGUCAAAAUGCACUUACUUUGCAUUAUGUUCAGAAUCAGCAAUUGUUAAAGGACGGAGAUUUGCUUCUUGUUGAUGCAGGUGCAGAGUACGGAGGCUACGUCAGUGAUAUUACACGAACAUGGCCAGUGAAUGGAAAAUUUUCAGAAAGCCAGCGAAACAUUUAUGAUAUCGUUUUACAGACUCAAAAGCAUUUAAUUUCUAAAUGUUGCGAAGCAUCGAACAUCACGCUGGAUGAACUUCAACGCGAGACAAUUGUCUUGUUUUGCGAGAAACUGUCGAAACUGUUUGGUCGAAAUAUCGGAUUUGCAGAAAUGAAUCGACUUUACCCACAUCAUGUCGGUCAUUGGCUUGGCAUGGAUGUACAUGAUACUCCAACAAUCCGACGAACUACAAAACUAACAGAAGGAAUGGUUGUUACUAUUGAGCCAGGACUAUAUAUUCCAGACAGUGCAUCUUACCCAGAAAGCUAUCGUGGAAUUGGUAUUCGUAUUGAAGAUGAUGUGGUAGUAGGCGGCCCCUCGACUGGUAAUUCGCCUAUUAUUCUGUCUGUUGAAGCUCCAAAAGAGAUUGUCGACAUUGAAGCAGUUAUGGCCGGUGUCGUUUAAACAGUCUAGGCUUUUAGCUGCCAUUGCAUUUCAAGCCAACUUGUAGUGUUUACUGGAAAACUGGACUGCUAGUCCAAAUACUGGCUAGUAUACUAUUUUAUACACUAUUCAAUAUACUUUUUAAACUUGCCACAAAACUCCACAAUAAAAAACAACUUUAUUUU